AUGGCUGCUGCAAUUGUUGUAAUGGCUGCUGCAGUUGUUGUUGCAAUUGCUGCUGCAAUUGUUGUGGCAGUUGUUGCUGCUGUUGACUCAGUUGUUGCAAUUGCUGCUGCUGUUUAUUCAGUAGUUGCAAUAGUUGAACUUGAAAUGGGGAUGCAUGUAGAAUUGGUACAUUCUAAACAACAGAAAACAAAAGAUAGAUGUAAUAUUAAUCGAGAAAAACGUAAAGCUCAAUUUGAAAAUGAAAUGGAAAAUGAUGAAUUUAUAUUACCUGGUGAAACAAAUAAAGAAGUUGGUUUAGCUACUUUAAAAACAAUUGAAAGUCUUAAAGGUGCAGAAAGUAUUAUUGAAGCACUUGAUAUUUGGCGUGAAAAAAAAUAA